AUGAUCCUGAGAGCUGAAUUUCUUGAUUAUCAAGCUGCACCUAACACAGAACUUCCAGCUUACUUUGAUGAGGAUGACAAACCAAUUCGCAUCGCAUCGAUCAGGUUUGUCAUAAGAUUUCAUUGCUCAAUGAUGCCUUUCAGGUCCAUCACACUUCAAGCAUCUUGCUAAGCUGGCUAAAGUCCUGAUUCCCCAUAGUAAUGCCUACUGUGAGUGUUUUUAGCACCAUCAGGAAAAUUUGUACAACUAGUAGGCACAACCUAGGAAAAAGGAUGCUUCUAAAGGCUAUGUCUCAACUAGUGCAUACAAAGACACCACAUCAAUCAGAAAUAACCUACUUGGCAUUUUAAUUACAAAAAUAAACAUAUUUGGAAGAUGUAAAAUUCAAUGCUAUGAAUGGGAAUCACCAAAACAAGUCAUUAGCCAUGCUAAAAGCUGUAACAUACACCAAUUUGAAAGCUUGAAGAGAUGCUGCCAAUGAAUAGAGUAAAGAGAAACUUUGGAAGAGGUUUCAGGACUUUUUAUGAGAAAAAGUAACCCAGUGUUUACUGAACAUAUACAAGUGUUCUUUGUAGGAAUAGGUUUGUUUAUGCAAAUUCAGUCAUCUGUGACAAGGAUCUUUUCAGUUAAGAUGGCUCAAAUAUGUUACCUGGGCAAAUUACAUAUUUUCAUGAGAAAACUGAUUGAAAACUUAUUUCAAUGCUCCAAUACCAUAUCAAAUCAGUCAAAUUUGCUGAAAACAUCUCUACAUGUUUGAGACUUACAUUCGCGACAUUUUCUAUGUACUGGUUAAGCCAAUAAUUAGUUACAUGGUGUUUGUUAGUUGAUAAAAGAUUUAUUCUUGAAUUGCAGUUUUAAACUGAUGUCAUCAUGUUUUCUCACUGUAACUUGGUAUUUACUGUGCAUAUAUUAAGUGUUCUUUAUAGGAAUAUGCUUCUUUAGGCUUUCAUUAUUGAGUAAAUCCAUUUACCGAGUCACAUCUGAGUCCGAGUCAGUCCCAAGCCCGAGUCAAAUGCCCGAGUCGCGUAAAAAAAGACGGAAGUGAAAGUCUGGUGAGUCAUCAAAGGCAAAUGAAUCUGGAAAUGCUCCCUCAACUUCAACUUCAGCACUGAAACUGUACUAUAAGAACGCACUAUCGAACACAUAUAACUGUGACGAUCCUCAGACUUGGAAAUCUGUCUGUGUUAAAUGUAAAAGGGCUAGAUCCCUUAAUGGUGUUUUAAACUGUUGUUAGUUGUCAGUUUAACCGUUUUGUAAUUGUGUUGUUCUACUUUGUCUGUUUCGUUAAUCAAUUAUUUGAACGUAAUUUUUUAUGUAAAUAUUAAGGGAUCGGCGUAAUUGGGGGAACCUCUGUGGCGAACUCCCUGGCACUACAUUGUUGUAUUUUUAGGUAGUUGCCAAAUCUUAUUAAAACAUUAAAAAUUGAUGGCUGUGGCAAGAAAUCCAAGGAGAUCCAAGAUAUAUCUACAUCCAAGGAGAGUGUGUGCAUCAAAAAGAUGCAAAUGGUCCUGGGUAGAAAACGUUGCACAUUGCCUGCCUUUGCACACCAAUAUCGAAAAUAAAAAGAUCACAAUGGGAGAUGUGAGAAUUAUUGCCAGCAACCAUCCAAUUCUCAAUGAUAUUUCUCCAAGUAUAAUCUGUGACAAAGUCUGAUCUUUGUUUAGUGAAGACAAGUCGGCGAUCUCGUUAAAAGAACUUCCCAAUGAGACUUUGCAGCAACAUCUUACCGGAAUUGGAGGAAUAAGGGAUACAGAAGGAGUUCAAACAGCUGAAAGAAAAAGCAUUGAUGCAGAUGUUGAUGUAGAUGGCAGCGGUAGUUUAUAUUCGCCAAGUGUGGUAGUGUCUACUAAUGUGUGCAAAAAAAGUGGCUCAAAGUUGUUUACUGAUGAAGAAAAUGAGUGCUUUAAAAACACUUUUAAAAGUUUGAUGGAGACCAAUCAAUCGAUCUCACAGAAAUGUGUGCGGCAAAAGAUGGAAGCAAAAUAUUAUGUCCCCUAUUGA